GCAUUUGGUGUUUCAUUUUAAUCCCAGUUUGGGUGUGAAGUUGCACGUGUAAAUUUAUUGGAUGGCUGAAUCAGAGCUUGAAACUUCCCAUUUUGCACAUGUAAUUGUGAUAUGGAAAAAGACUUUGAGUUUGCAAUAGGAAUGGUUUUUUCAAAUGAAUUUGAAGCAUAUAAUAAGUAUGUGGUCUAUGCACUUAGUAAAGGAUUUGGAGUGAGGAAGGGUAAUUUGGUUAGAAAUACUAAAGGAAAAAUAACCCGACGGACUUUUGUGUGCAAUUGUGAAGGAUAUUCUGUCAGCUCAUCUGAUCAAGAAAAGAAAUUUGAGAGGUUUGAAGUUAGAUGUGGCUGUCUUGCUCAUAUCAAGUUUAAGGUUGAUAAUGAUGUCUAUGAAGUCAUAGAGUAUAAUUCUGAGCAUAAUCAUGCAUUUAUUCCUGAAGAUCAAAGGCAUUUGAUUAGAUGCGGAAGAAUCAUGUCCGAGACUUGUAAGGGUGUUUUAGUUGACAUGAUGAAAGCUGACAGUGGGGGAAUUACGACAUAUAAGUGUUUGGCAAAUGAAGCAGGAGGAAGCAAAAGUUUAGGUUUGCAGAGGACAAGAUCCAAUAGUAUAGGUGGGGAAGAUUGUCAAGAUCUUUUGAACCAUUUUCAUAGCAUGGAACAACAAAACCCAAUGUUUUCAUACGCUUUACAAGUUGAUCAAGAUGGUAGAUUAACAAAUAUAUUUUGGAGAGAUAGUUUGUCCAAAUUUGAUUAUGGUUGUUUUGGUGAUGUGCUAGUGUUUGAUACCAUUCAUCGUACCGACAAAUGUAAUAUGAUAUGUGCACAUUUUGUUGGGGUUAAUCAUCAUUGGAAAAAUGUUUUGUUUGGCUGUGCAUUUUUAAUGGACGAGACUGUGGAAUCAUUUAUUUGGUUAUUUGAGGCGUUUCUGAAAUCUAUGGAAAAUAAGGCUCCGAAAACCAUGUUCACCGAUCAAGACCAAGUCAUGGCAAAAGCGAUUAGAACGGUAUUUCCGAAUACGCAACAUCGUUUAUGCACUUGGCACAUCAUGAAAAAUGCCAAUCAAAACAUUCCGCAUCUUUAUCACAAGCCAGGUUUCAGGGAUAAAUAUUUCUUAGCGCUUGUGUAUAGAUGCAAAUCAGAGGACGAAUUUGAAUCUACUUGGAGGGAAAUGGAAGAAAGGUGGGAUACUAAGGAUAACAUUUGGCUUCAGAGAUUAUACGACCUUAGACAUAAAUGGAGUUUAGCUUUUGGUCAUGAUAUUUUUACAUGUGGUAUGAGAUCAAGUCAAAGAAGUGAGAGCAUCAAUAAUGUCUUCCAAAAAAUAGGGAGCAAGACAUUAACCUUUAUACAAUUUGUCUACUACUACGAAAAACAAGUGAAGCAUAUGAGAGAAAUUGAAAGUCAAGAUGAUUAUAGUUGUCGUGAGACACCCAAAUUGAUGGUUUCACAUGACAUCUUGAUGCAUGCUGCUUCAGUUUAUACCGGUGCCAUUUUCACAAGGUUCAAUCAUGAAUUUCUCCAAAGUCUCUCUGAAAUUAUUGUAAGUAGUACAUUUGAUGGAUUGAUUUAUUCAUACACUCUUAAGUGUAGGGGGACUCAACGUGAACAUGUUGUCAGAUUUGCUCCUGCAGACUCUUCAGUUUUUUGUGAAUGUAAAUUAUUUGAAUCAAAAGGGUGGUUGUGUCGUCAUGCUUUGAAAGUAUUGAUCGAGAACAUAUCAGUUACGCACAUUCCACCUGCCUAUGUUUUGAAAAGAUGGACUAAGGGUGCAAAACAAGGGAUUGCGAAUGAUGAAUUUAAGCAAAUGUCAUUGGAUUCAUCUAAGUUUAAUCGGUUUUCCUUGUUAAUGCAACAAUCUUUUGAACUGAUGAAUUUGGGAGCUGAAGAUGACAAUACUAUGAGAAUAGUGAGGAAAUAUAUGCAAAAAGCGAAUACUGAAAUUUCAUCAUACAAAUCAAGUGUGAUUGUGAUUGAUGAUGUUAGUAAUGAGGAUAAUGAGGCUUCUUUGUGUGACAUUUCGGUAUUGGAUCCCCUUCGAAAGAAAGGAAAGGGAGUAAUUUAUGAAAGACUUGGAAGUUCAAAAGAGAAAAAAAAGAAAAAAUCUAAGAAAGGAACAACCCCAACGCCAAUCGGAAGUCGAGGUGAGUGACAUAUUAUUGUGAUUAUAUGAUUAGUUUAAUUUUUAUGUAUGUUAUAUGAUGCAUAUUAACAUAUUUAUUAUAAACUCAUUUCCUAGAUUAUUCAAGUUAUUCAAAUCAGUUUCACAGUGCCUUUCAUCCUAGCUAUAUCGGUGGUCCUACAGUAAAUUCAAAUAUUUAUAAUCAGAUGCAGCAAUCACCAUACAUCAUGCCGCUGGGAAUUAUGAGUGGAUUUAGCCCAUUCCCCAAUCAGGUAUUUAAUAGUUUGGUAUAUUAAUUUAAUUGCGUUUUACUAACGGAUUAUUUAUUAUAUGUAGAUGCGACCACCAUAUGUCAUGCCAUCAGGGAUUAUGAAUGGUUUUUUCCCAUUUACUAAUCAGGUACUUAUUAUGAAAUCAUAUUACAUUCAAUGUUAUUUUAUCUUAUUAUUACUACUAUAAUAUUCAUUAUUUAUGGUUUAUCUUGAAUAGAUGUUGGAGUAUAAUAAUGGAACUCACGAAACCAUUUUGAGUCA